CAUACAAACCUACUAGAGAAAAGAAGAUAUCGCUGCCCAUUGCCCAAGCACUCCUCUCUUCUUCCCCCCUCUCUCUCUCUCUCUCUCUAACCGCUAUUUGAAGCCCAUCGAUCACUGCUUAAUUUGACAUCGAACACUUUCGGAAGGCCUUGAUAGACGCAGUUACAUACGAAUAUAUAUGCACGUAUAGGCCAUAUAUAUUAUUUAAUGGGAACGCUGACGAGCUGUAGUUUCGGCAUUGUGAACCCGAAGCUCCGAUGGAGUACAACCGGAAGUACUUCCAGGACACGGAUUGAGUUGGUCGAGCGAAAGAGCAAGUGUUUCCUGUGCAAAGAACGAGUUCUUCUGGGUAGGGAUUUUGCUAGACUUAGGCGGUUUGCUGUGAAUGAGAACGGUGAUAGUGAUGGUGAUAGUGAUAGAGAGGGCAGCGACGGUGCGUCAAAGGAUUCGAAUCUGGCGACGGCGUCGAGGGACGAGGCGGAAGAACGGAGCGGGAGUGAGUUGGAUAAGGAGGGUUCACCGGCUUCUGUUUCGUCGAGGCCAUCGACAGUUUCACCUUUUGGACCGGCUUAUGAUAAUUUCCAAAUUGACUCUUUCAAGCUGAUGGAACUCCUUGCACCAGAGAAGGUCAAUCCUACUGAUGUAAAGCUAAUCAAGGAAAAGCUUUUUGGAUACUCCACCUUCUGGGUUACCAAAGAAGAGCCAUUUGGAGAUCUCGGUGAGGGCAUUCUGUUUCUUGGCAACUUGAGGGGAAAGAGCGAGGACGUUUUUGCCAAACUCCAGAGCCAGUUGGCUGAACUCAUGGGGGAUAAGUACAACCUAUUUAUGGUUGAGGAACCCAAUUCGGAAGGACUGGAUCCACGUGGUGGGCCCCGUGUCAGCUUUGGUAUGCUGCGUAAAGAGGUUUCAGAACCUGGGCCAACGACACUAUGGCAAUAUGUGAUUGCUGUGUUGUUGUUUCUUCUCACUAUUGGUUCCUCCGUGGAGCUAGGAAUUGCAUCUCAGUUAAAUAGGCUUCCACCCGAGGUAGUUAAAUACUUCACUGAUCCAAAUGUCGUUGAACCACCAGACAUGCAGCUUCUAGUACCAUUUGUGGAGUCUGCUUUGCCCUUGGCUUAUGGUGUCCUUGGGGUUCAGCUGUUUCAUGAAGUUGGGCAUUUUUUGGCUGCUUUCCCAAAGAAAGUAAAACUAAGCAUUCCUUACUUCAUUCCUAAUAUUACUCUUGGAAGCUUCGGAGCGAUCACUCAGUUCAAAUCUAUUCUUCCUGAUAGAAGGACAAUGGUAGAUAUUUCUCUGGCGGGUCCAUUUGCUGGUGCUGCACUGUCUUUUUCUAUGUUUGCUGUUGGCUUGUUGCUUUCAUCGAACCCAGAUGCUGCAGGGGAUUUGGUGCAGGUUCCUGGCAUGCUAUUUCAAGGUUCUUUGCUUCUUGGAUUAAUCAGCCGAGCCACUUUGGGUUAUGUAGCAAUGCAUGCAGCGACGGUUUGGGUCCAUCCUCUCGUAAUUGCAGGCUGGUGUGGUUUAACUACCUCAGCUUUUAAUAUGCUUCCGCUGGGAUGUCUUGAUGGUGGAAGAGCUGUACAGGGUGCCUUUGGAAAAGAUGCACUAACGGGAUUUGGUUUCACAACCUAUGCAUUGCUUGGAUUGGGAGCGCUCGGUGGACCUUUGUCACUUCCUUGGGGUCUCUAUGUGUUGAUAUGUCAGAGGAGACCAGAGAAACCAUGCUUGGACGAUGUGACAGAUGUUGGAGGAUGGAGGAGAGCAGUCCUGACUGUGGCUAUUAUCCUUGUCAUGUUGACACUGCUUCCUGUAUGGGAUGAGCUUGCAGAAGAGCUGGGUAUAGGUCUUGUAACUAUAUUUUGAUUCCAUACACAGAGAUGAAUCCAAUUUUGACUUUAAAACCAAAUUAGCAUCGAUUACAUUGUUGGCUCGAGCAAGUGCAAUUCAUAUCCAAUAAAGAUGUUCAUGCAUA